AUGCUGGCAUCAAGACGAGUCGCCUCGCUGGCUUUGAGAGCCAAGCCGGCGAGCUCAAUUGUCCCUCUCCGAUCGGUCGCUGCCAUCUCGACGACCAGCAAGAAGGAUGCCACAUCGGUAGCUCCCCACGGUUCGACGAGCGUCCUGCCCCGUGAGCGCAAGGAAAUCCCGCUUCCCAGCCAGGAGGGCACCAAGGGCGUCAUUCAAUAUGCACUUACCACCCUUGACCAAGUCGCCAACUGGGCACGUCAGUCGUCGUUAUGGCCCAUGACCUUUGGUCUCGCAUGCUGCGCCGUCGAAAUGAUGCACCUUUCGACCCCACGAUACGAUCAGGACAGACUCGGAAUCAUUUUCCGUGCCUCGCCGCGUCAGUCCGAUGUCAUGAUCGUCGCCGGCACCCUCACCAACAAGAUGGCGCCCGCUCUGCGCCAGGUCUACGAUCAGAUGCCCGAGCCCCGCUGGGUCAUCUCCAUGGGCAGCUGCGCCAACGGCGGAGGCUACUACCACUACAGCUACAGCGUCGUCCGUGGCUGCGACAGAAUUGUGCCCGUCGACAUUUACGUCCCCGGUUGCCCGCCUACGAGUGAGGCCCUCAUGUACGGUAUCUUCCAGCUGCAGCGCAAGAUGAGGAACACCAAGAUCACGCGCAUGUGGUACAGAAAGUAA